GGAAGGGGGACCGUCGAACCGCCAAGGCGCGCCCCUCCUCCACCUUUUUCUAUCCUACUGCGCAGGCUCACCGAGUGAACAAAGAUGGCGGCUCCCGUGGAUCUGGAGUUAAAGAAGGCCUUCACAGAGCUUCAAGCCAAAGUAAUUGACACUCAACAGAAGGUGAAGCUUGCAGACAUACAGAUUGAACAGCUAAACAGAACGAAAAAGCAUGCACAUCUUACAGAUACAGAGAUUAUGACUUUGGUAGAUGAGACUAACAUGUAUGAAGGUGUAGGAAGAAUGUUUAUUCUUCAGUCCAAGGAGGUAAUUCACAGUCAACUGUUAGAGAAACAGAAAAUAGCAGAGGAAAAAAUUAAAGAAUUAGAGGUACUAAUACCCUGCCUUCAUGUUCCCUUGAUAUACGGAGUUAUAUUACUUACUGCAAGGGUCAAGCAGAAGAAGUCCUACCUGGAGCGGAGUGUGAAGGAAGCGGAGGACAACAUCCGGGAGAUGCUGAUGGCACGAAGGGCACAGUAGGAAAUCUCUAGCAGAAGCUUCCUGCACCCUCCCAUUCCUGGCAAGGGCAGAGGGGCUCAUGUGGGAAAACAGCCUCUCUUCUACCCUGAUGGACUUUUAUUUGGAUAAUCUGGUAACCCUGUAUUUUCUACUUCACCCUGAUCCCCUUUCAGAUCCCAACUCUGUAUUUUUUUAUCCUGGCUCUGUCUGCCACCCCUACCCAGAACACUCUUCUCCCUUAGGGGUGAAUCACCAACUCCCAGGAGAGGGAAGAUGGGAGCCAGGAAAGACAGGGGAGCUCUGCCCAAGCCUAUUACUCAUUACGCUGCUUAGACCAAUAAAAGGCAUCUGUUCCCCCA